UUACUUACAAAAAACAGGAGCUUCAUAUAUGCAUGUCAUGGCAUCGCACACCAUGCUUAUUAUGCAACUGAUCUCUUUAGCAAUAGUGGGAGUACUGGUUGUAACAAUAACAACUGAAACAAUCACAUCAGCAGAAGCAGCAGCUCAGUCCUUGCCAGGAUGCAAAACCCAUUGUGGUAAUCUGAUGAUUCCUUACCCAUUUGGCAUAGGUGACGGUUGUUACUUGCGACCAGAAUUCAACAUCACUUGUGACCAUUCCACCACACCUCCAUCAGCAAACUUCACGAAUUAUAGCAUACGUAUUGCUCACAUAUCCCUUGCUGAGGGUGAGUUGCGAAUAAUGCAAGACGUAGGUGUAGAAUGUUAUGACACCCAGGGUCGUGAGACGGACUAUAACUGGCCUUCUCUCCAGUUGCCUCCUCCUUAUACCAUCUCUGAUACCAAAAACAAGUUCUUUGACAUUGGCUGUGGCAGUGUAGCUAUUUUUCAAGGUGACCGCACGCACCCUGGGCCAGAUGAAGAUAAGUCCACAGCGGGGUACACCAUGGUCUUAUGUGAUGAUCUGCUUGGCAAAGUACUCACAAACUCUUGCAAUGGCGUUGGCUGUUCCCAGUUUCCUAUCCCAAGUGGAUUGCACAACUUUACAAUAAUUCUGAGUCCAAUUGCGGAUAAUACAGGUACAUGGUUGACUAGGUAUCCUUGUAGCUAUUCUUUCAUUGUGGAAGUAGCCAUGUUCACAUUCUCCCCCGAUACAAGUUUUGAUUUACUGAAUACCACCAGCCAGCUUCCACUCAUUGUUAAUUGGGGGAUUGGGGAUGAACCAUGUGAUGAAAAGAGCCAGAAUUAUGCAUGCAAGGCAGAAAAUAGCAAGUGUGUCAACCAGUCCAUCAUUAAUGGGCCGUCUGGUUACAUAUGCCAAUGCUUACCAGGCUACGAAGGGAAUCCAUACCUCGAAGAUGGGUGCCAAGAUAUUGAUGAGUGCAAGGCUUCAAACCCCUGCAACAUUGGAAUGUGCAUCAAUUCACCUCCAGGAAAUUACUCUUGUUUAUGUCCCAAAGGAUACAAAAAUGAUGGCACAAAUCGACAGAGUUGCAUCAAAGACGAUACUAAAAACAACUCAAAGAUAACUGUCCUGCUUGCUAUCGCAUUGAGCUUCUUGGUUUUUUUCAUUGGAAUUUCAUGGACAUCUUGGGGAAUAAAGAAAAGAAACUUCAUUAAGCUCAAAGAGAGGUACUUUAAGGAAAAUGGUGGUUUGUUAUUGCAAAAACAACUCUUUCAUCAUGGAGGCUCUGUGGAGACAACAAGAAUUUUUACAGCAGAAGAACUUGAGAAGGCCACAAACAAUUACCAUGAAAGUAGAGUCCUUGGUGAAGGAGGAUAUGGAACCGUUUAUAAAGGCAUACUACUAGAUAACAAAGUGGUUGCCAUUAAAAAGUCUAAAAUUGCUGCCCCGGCACAGAGUGAUCAAUUUGUUAAUGAGGUGAUUGUUCUUUCUCAAAUCAAUCACAGAAAUAUAGUCAGGCUAUUAGGUUGUUGCUUAGAGACAGAAACACCUUUACUGAUUUAUGAGUUCAUCACCAAUGGCACUCUUUAUGAGCACAUUCAUAAGAAAAGAUCACUACUUUCUUUGGAAUUACGAAUGAAGAUAGCAGCUGAAACUGCAGGAGCACUAGCAUACCUACAUUCCUCAACUUCCAUGCCAAUUAUACAUCGAGAUGUGAAAGCAAUGAAUAUACUAUUAGAUGAUAACUAUACAGCAAAAGUGGCAGACUUUGGAGCGUCACGAUUGAUUCCUUUAGGUCAAACUGAAUUAGAAACUUUAGUACUAGGGACAUUUGGUUACCUCGACCCUGAAUAUUUGCAAUCAAACCAACUAACAGAAAAGAGUGACGUUUACAGCUUUGGAGUUGUCCUGCUGGAGCUAAUAACUAGCAAAGUGGCACUUUGUACAAAUAGAUGCUUAGCAAGCAUCUUCAUCUCUGCCAUGGAAGAAGGUUGGCUGGAUCAAAUUCUUGAUGAUAAUAUAGUGAAUGAUGGAAAUAUGGAGAUGGUAAAACUUGUAGCCAAUCUUGCAAAAAGAUGUUUAAGUGUAAAAGGGCAGGAGAGGCCAACCAUGAAAGAGGUAGCGAUGGAGCUAGAAGGAAUGAGAAUGAUGGCAAAGCAUCCAUGGAGAAAAAAUGCUGAUUUCUGUCCAGAAGAGAACGAGAGUUUGCUCAGUUCACUUGAUGCAAACACUCACGUGGUGGAUAUUAGAGGUGAUGUAGGUCAAGCUUUGCCCGGCUGCCCCGACCGCUGUGGCGAUUUGUUAAUUCCAUACCCUUUUGGCAUAGCUGAAGGUUGUCACUUGGGAGAGGAGUUCUUCAUCAACUGCACUACUGAAGUGAUAGGAACAUCCCCAACACCAUAUCUGGCAGGAACUGAAAUCCCAGUUUCCAACAUUUUUCUUGAUCAAGGUGAGUUACAAAUAAUGCAGUUUGUAGCCAGAGACUGUUAUGACAGCCAGGGUUAUUUAGAUAAGAAACUCAGCAAAGUACGAAUCUUGAGCCUCAAUCCUCCUUUCACAAUCUCUGGCACCAAAAACAAGUUCUUUGCUGUUGGUUGUGACACUUAUGCUAUCUUCGAAGGCUAUCGAGGCCAUGAAAGGUAUAUAACUGGCUGCAUGUCCUUCUGUGAGAGCCUUGGGAGUGUUAAUGAGUCUUGUUCUGGUAUAGGGUGUUGCCAGACUUCAAUCCCAACUGGACUGCAAAACCGCACAGUGAAGAUGAAUAGCUACUAUAAUCAUGCUUUCAUAUGGGACUUUAACCCCUGCAGCUACUCCUUCAUUGUGGAAGACGGCCAGUUUGAAUUCUCUAGUAAAAGUUUUCAAGAACUAGACCGGACAAGCCGGCUUCCGAUGGUUCUGAAUUGGCAAAUUGGGAAUGAGACAUGUGAUGAAGCUCAAAAGAAGCAAGGUUAUGCUUGUAAGGGAAAUAGCACAUGUGUCAACCCCAUCAAUCUGUCUGGUUACUUCUGUCAAUGCUUGCCAGGUUAUGAAGGGAAUCCAUACCUACCAGAUGGUUGCCAUGAUAUAAAUGAGUGCAAGAAUUCAAACAUCUGCAGUGAAGGAGCGUGUGUAAACUUCCCAGGAACUUAUGCUUGUGUAUGUCCCAAAGGGUUCGAAGGCGAUGGAAGGAAAGCCGGAACGGGUUGCAGGAAAGACAAUCCCAUGAAUCCUCAUCAGACUUCUCGCUUGCUCAUUAUUUCGCUAGGUAUGAGUGUAGCCUUCUUGUUCAUAAUGGUUGGAAGUUCAUGGACAUACUUGGGAGUGAAGAAAAGGAAAUUCAUCCAACUGAGAGAAAAGUAUUUCAAAGAAAAUGGUGGCUUAUUGCUACAACAGAAACUUGCUAAUCACGAAGGAGCUGUGCAGACAACAAAAAUAUUUACUGCAGAAGAACUUGAGAAGGCUACAAACAACUACCAUGAAGAUAGAGUUGUUGGUGAAGGAGGCUUUGGAACUGUUUACAAAGGGAUAUUAGCAGAUGGCAAGGUGGUUGCUAUAAAGAAGUCAAAAAUCAGUGCCCCAAGCCAGAGUGAACAGUUUGUUAAUGAGGUGAUUGUUCUUUCUCAAGUCAACCAUAGAAAUGUGGUGAGGCUAUUAGGAUGUUGUUUCGAAACACCAGUGCCUCUAUUGGUUUACGAGUUCAUCACCAAUGGCACUCUUUUUGAGCACAUACAUAAUAACAAGGGCGAAAAAUCACCACUUCCGUGGGAAUUACGUUUGAAGAUAGCAGCAGAAAUUGCCGGAGCAUUAGCAUACUUACACUCCUCCAUUUCCAUGCCAAUCAUUCACCGAGACGUGAAAGCAACAAAUGUACUGAUAGAUGACAAUUACACCGCAAAAGUGUCGGAUUUUGGAGCUUCAAGGUUGGUUCCUCUAGAUCAAACUCAAAUAACAACUUUGGUACAAGGGACACUCGGAUACUUGGACCCCGAAUACUUUCAUUCAAACCAACUAACAGAAAAGAGUGACGUCUAUAGCUUCGGAGUUGUCCUAGUGGAGCUACUUACAAGCAAAUUAGCACUUUCUUUUACAAGGCCUGAGGCAGAGAGGAACCUAGCAUGCUUCUUUGUUUGUUCACUGGAAGACGGUCACUUGAAUCAAAUUCUCGACCAAAACAUACUCAAUGAGGUGAAUAUUGAGAUGCUAAGAGAAGUAGCCAACGUGGCAAGAAGAUGUUUAAGGGUAACAAGGGAGGAAAGGCCUACCAUGAAAGAAGUAUCAAUGGAGCUGGAGGGAAUGAGGAUCAGUGCAAAGCAUCCAUGGGGAAAGACUGGUUUCAGCCCCGAGGACACUGAACACUUGCUUGGAUCACCUUCAUUUUCCCAUGUUAGAAGUGAUUGUGGUCCGAAUAGUGCAACCAUCAGUGCAGCUAGUGUUUAUGAAAGCAUGCGAAUGGAAAUGUUAAUGGCAUAUGAUAACGGGCGAUAA